UCCUUAUUUGUGUGCCACAAACAAAUGCAUCAGCAUUGCUCCUCCCUUAAAUUUCCCCCUCCAUGACAAAGAGACACAGGAGAGGAAGAUAGGAAAACUUUGGUGAACGGCAGCAACUCAAUAAUGGCUCAGCUGGACAACAGUCGAAGAUAUGGGGCGAGUCCUAAAACUUCAGUGCCCGCAUCGGUAGACCAACUUCUCCAAGCCGGUGAUCCCCAGAAUUUGCCGGUGGCGGCCUCGCCUUCAUUCAGGAGGGACUAUGAACAAGAAGAUGAUCACAACCCCCCUAGCAAGAAAUCAGUCCUUGCCAAAGUGAGAGAGAAGGCUAAGAAAUGGAAACAAACUCUUGUCAAGAAGAAGCAUGACAAUGAUGAUAACGCCACGCCUGCGUGGGGUGUUAACUUGGAAGAUGAGAAUGAGGAGGAAGAGGAUCCUGAGUAUCUUGGAGCCCCAAUGUAUGAAUCAGAGCUGGCACCUGAGGGCUACAAGGAGACUGCAAGGCAGCAUCCGAGAGCGAUUCCCGUGAUUCCUGAGAGUCAUGUUUUGCCGAGUAAUGCCAGAAAUGAGGCGAAUGAUCAACCAAAAGAGAGCACUCCUAUUCCUAAUGCGACCAAAACAAUAACUGAAACUGUGACUGAGAAGCUAGCACCUGCUUAUGCCACAGUAGCAGAAGCAACCCAGACGAUAGCUUCCAAGAUUCAAGGCCUGACUGUCGCUGCCGCCACAUCAACACCUACCACUGGAGGGAAUGGGAGUAGCAGUGAGCAGCAAAUAUGGGAUAAAGGGGUUUCAGUGAAAGAGUAUCUUAUGAACAAGCUGGAGCCAGGGGAAGACGAGAGAGCACUUUCUCAAGUUAUCUCCGAUGCCAUUAGUCCAAGAAAAACUCCUGGUGAAAUGGGUGUGGUGGAGAAGGUUAGAGAGGCUGUCACUAUGUUGCUCCGGAAUGGAGAAUCCUCCCCAUCAACAACUGCCACAAUUCCAAAAUCAUCAUCAAACAUUCCCAUCACCAAGCCAUCAUCAAUCUCUCCCAUCUCUACCAAAUCACCAUCAAACAUUUCCAUCUCUACCAACUCAGCAUCGUUAUCUCCCCUUGCUACCAAGUCACCACCAAAUAUUCCCAUCUCCACCAAGUUGGCAUCACAAACUCCCCUCGCCACCAAUUCGGUACCACAGCUUCCCCUUUCUACCAAUUCAGCAUCACAAGUUCCCCUCUCUUCCAAAUCACAAACACACAUUCCCAUCUCUACCAACGCUUAUGAAGCUAAUGUGGAGGAAGAAAAUCAUGGAAGGAUACUCCAAACCAACUGAGGAAGAAGCAAGAAAGGGUUUUCUGUGUGUUCAGUGUACGAGUUUGAUGUAUUAAUAAAUAGUAAGCAUUCAUCAUUUUCUCCAUUGGUAUAAGCUUGAUUCUCUAUAUUUAGCCUGCAUUUCUACCUCAAUGUAUCACAGCAAUAAAU